AUGGCCCUCUCUCGUGCCAUGCUCGCUCUUGCCGUGUCGUUGGCUCUCGUGGCUACGUGCAUUGCUCAAGCCCCAUCGGCUGCUCCUACGGGUUCCGCCGCUCCACCCACGAGCACGGCAGCGCCGCCCCGCGCUUCGACCCCACCUCCUACUGCAUCAUCUCCACCACCCAGUGUUGCAACUCCACCUACCGUUUCGCCUCCUCCUACCACCAACACUCCUCCGCCCGCUUCACCGCCGUCGAUCACAACUCCUCCGGCGUCUUCUCCGGCUGCAAGCCCACCAUCACYGCCUUCACCACCCACGACACCUGCAUCUGCUCCUAGCGUGGCAACUCCUCCCACCGCCACCUCAACGACGCCUCCAGGUUCAUUUGUGAGGGGAGAUGAGGAUGAUUGGAGAUUGAUCGGACAUUACUUCUCUUCUGUACCAUUUUGGCUCUAG